AUGGGAGAUCCCGUCCUCGCAGUCGCCCAGAUCUUCACCGCUGCCAUCGCAGUCGCCGCCUGCUCCUUGACAACCACGACCUCGGGCGAUAGCCUACAGCGCGUGCCCCGGCCCACAGCGUCGCGGCUGCCCGCAUCCCGCCGUCGCUACCCCACGCCCAGGUCUCCGCCGCCGCCGCCGCCGCUAGCCAGGCGCUCGUCGAUGAAGCCAGACGCCACGAAGCCACCCUGCAGACGCCACCGGACCGUCCCCUGCUCCGUCAUGCUAGGCACUGAGGUCUCUGCCACCGCCGUCGCCGCUAGCCAGGCGCUCGUCGACGAAGCCCGAUGCCACGAAGCCACCCUACAGACGCCACCGGACCGCCCCCUGCUCCAUCAUGCCAGACGCUGA